UGUACGUGCCUGUGAUCUCGUUGCACCUCUGUCUCUCUCUCUCUCUCUCUCUCUCUCUCUCUCUCUCUCUCUCUCUCUCCUCCAGCCUACAUCAGCAGCUCAUGAGAUGAUGCACCCACAGAAGACCAACACUGUCUGAGCGGCAACAGGUUCUGAGGACACUUCAAAACUAACAAAAUGUCUGGAUUUUUCCAAAUGUUGAGAAAGAAAAAGGAGUUGAUCCCUCUGAUAGGGUUCAUGGCUUUUGCUGCAACAGGAGCUACCUCUGCCUCCAUCUAUUUCCUGUUUACCAAAACGGAUGUUAUUUUGAAUAAGAGCAGAAACCCAGAACCGUGGGAGCGAGUCGAUCCAACAAAACCACAAAAGCUCCUCACCAUUAACCAGCAGUGGAAACCAGUGGAGGAGCUGGAACUGGUGAAGAGCCUCACCAAGUAACAGGUGGGCUCAGAGUCUGGGUGUACGCCUGACCCCCCCUCCACCCCCCCAUCAGUCGAACAGAAUCCUUUCUGCACAAACUAGGACUCUAUGACACUCAGUGUGCGGAAAUGCUUCUGCUCCACUGGUGGGGGUUCAGCCCUGCCCUGAGAGGACCACCUCAUCUGCUCAUCUGCUCACUCCAAACGUGUGUGGCAGAUUGACGUUAUUAGAUGUGUGUUUAUGCUGAUGUGUGUUUAUGCUGAUGUGUGGUAGUCUGAGCAGGACACUAGACUAUGUGGUUAUUACUGCAGUUCUGUCUCCAUGUCGAAUCAAUAUGCAAUACACUGUAUAAUGUAGAAUUAAUAAAUUAUUAUAAUAAUGACGUUGUCGUCGAACUGUCUUUGCUGUAACUGUUUAACAGAUGUUUCAUUUCCUAAACUAGUACCUGUUGUCUGAACUGUUUUUGAGAUCUGCAGCUGAGGAAAUAAUUCUGGAUCCACUGUGAGAAAUGAGUGAAAAGGCAGGAUUUAAAGAUCAUAAUAUGAUUUAUAAAGAGAUGGAUGGAUGGACGGACGGAUGGACGGAUGGAUGGACCCAUGGAUGAAUGGAUAGACGGACGGACGUACGUAUGGAUAAACUACAAGUUUUACUUUUGUUUUGUCUCAGAAUGCUUGAGUUUUCCAGAAUACAAACAGAAGAACAGUCAGAAUCCGUCCGUACUCAUACGUGACCUUUGUUUGUGGACAUUUAAUGACUUUAUUCAAACAGUUGUUUUGGACGUUUUCCUCCAGAAUUUUGUCCGUAUUGAACCUUUCAGGAGGAAAUUACCACCUUAUAGCGGCUCAGAGGAAACAUGGGUUUCCUCCAGACCAUGAUGGUGGAGCCUCCAGUUGAAUGAACAGCAGAACUGUGACAGAAAAACAGACAACCUCCACUUCAUUUGACUUUUUAAGCAUUUUGAUGAGUGGUGCAGAAGUUAUUCAGCAUUUUACAACAAUGUGGAUUUUUUUUUUAGCUGAAAUCGAUUUUCAGGUUUAACCAAGAAAUCGAAAUGUACAGAAUCUACCUUUAAAUAAAACAGAACACAAAGAAAAUUUACUCAAGAAAUAACAAAUAAACAAAUAAUCUAUAGACGACUCAUCUUUAAUAAAACAGAAUAUGGGACGGCUACACUGGUGGACUCCUGUACGGGUUUUUUACAGACAUUUCCAGUUGGUUUGAUAAUUAUUUUCAAAGCUGCAACGAUGGUACUUUGUUUCAUGGUCAUUUCAUUGUGUGUUGAUCUGUGAACAUAACAUGUUAUUUUAACAUUUCAAAUCCCAGUUAUUCAUGUUUAUGUUGUACAUAAAAGCUGAUGUUUAUUUUUUUAUCACACAUCAUUAAAUGUUGGAUGUUUCCUCCUCACCAGUGGUUUGAGUCAGUCAGACAUUCAACACCAAAUAAAGAUUUGACAACAGCCA